GUCCUUGCGCAGUUGUGGUCGUUGCGGUGGUUAAGUUGUGGCGAGGGCUACUUCGUAGGAGAAGAGUAAAUUGGACUAAAGGAAUGGGAGUGUGUUUUUGUUUGUUUUGUUGUAUUUUGUGUUAGUUUUGUGUUAGUGAAUUGGGAUAUAUUCUCUAGGCAUGUUCAGGACACUGGAUAGUUACGUGUGUGAUUAUUGGUACGGGUCCAAGUUAAGCACAGAGCUGAGAGUGUAAGUCAAAAGGAAAAAUUAUUUUGCGUUGUUGAUACACAAGCAUGUAAACGUUUUGAGGGCUUUGAGGGAAUUGCAGUGAAUGAUUCUGACACAACUACUGGCUUGAACUUGGUUGCAGAUUCGUGUUCUAAUGUGUGCUCGUUUACGUUAAGCUAUCGAAUGGUUUGAACAAUUAAGCACCUUAUUUGUGCAAUAAAUAACAUGUCUGAAUCGAAACCUGACUGUGAUUCAUUUAGUAUAAUAAAUGAUGCCCCCAGUGCCGAUAAAUCUGGGAUUGUAGAGUGUUACGCAGGAGUGCGUGAGAAUGUAGUUGCUAAAACAGGAGAGGGAUCAACUAAUAGCUCCGUGCCAUCAGACCUCUCCACAACAUCAAGAUACAAUGAAGCACAAGGCCAUGGCUCUGUGGUAGCUACACACUAUAAUACUUUAGAAGAGAAAGGACUUGCUGAGCGCUGCAAGAGCCGUAUUUUCUACCUCAGAAAUUUCAACAACUGGAUCAAAAGCAUGAUUAUUAAUGAGUAUCUGAGCAAAACAUGGCAAGGCAAAUCACAUGGUUCACCAUUGCGAGUGCUUGACAUGUGCUGUGGGAAAGGAGGUGAUUUGCUCAAGUGGCGGCGAGGCAACAUCACUCACCUAGUGUGUGCUGAUAUUGCAGAAGUGUCAGUGGAUCAGUGUCAGGCCCGUUACAAUGAAUUGCAGAAUCGGAGCAAGAAUGAACGGGGGUUUGCUCCUGUCUUCACAGCAGAAUUCCUUUCUGCUGAUUGUACAAAGGUCCGACUCCGGGAGAGAUACAAAGAUCCGUCCAUGGAACUUGAUCUAGUGAGCUGCCAGUUCUCAUUCCACUAUUGCUUUGAGAGCCUGCCUCAAGCAGAGACCAUGUUGCUUAAUGCUGCAGAGUGCUUGCGUCCUGGUGGUUACUUUAUUGGAACUAUCCCCGAUGCAUAUGAAAUUGUGAAAAGGCAACAAAAUGCUGGUGAUACUUUUGGAAAUGAAAUUUACAAAGUAGAAUUCCAGUGUGACACAGAGCCACCAUUGCCUCUGUUUGGAGCAAAGUAUAACUUCCACUUGGAGGGGGUGGUGGACUGCCCAGAGUUCCUUGUGCACUUCCCGACACUCGUGAAGCUGGCUGAGAAAUAUGGCCUACAGCUAGUAGCCAAGGAACGUUUUGAUAGCUACUAUGAGAAGGUUAGGGAAGAGGGGCGAUCACUCCUGGGCAAGAUGCAAGCUCUUGAGACAUACCCACCUUUCCAUGAAGCACCACUGUUAGGACGUGUCCCAGAGGACUAUGAACAUGUGCAGCAGUACAUGCAGAAGUCUACAGGACACCGGAAGGUUGGAACAUUAUCUGAGUCUGAGUGGAAGGCAGCAUCCCUGUACUUGAUGUUUGCAUUUCAAAAGAAGAAGCCAAAAUGGAAUGCUGAAGGGAGACCUGAGUUUGAGGACAGGAAUGAAGUUGCUAAGAAGAGGAUGUCAGAUGAUGGUAAUGGUGAUAAUGCAUCAAAACGCCUCAAAUCCACAGAUCUCUCAGUUGGAAAUGAUGGGGAGACUUUGUAAAAUCGCAGUACCAAGAUAGUGUUCAGUGACAUAAAUUCAGAAAAAAAUCACAAGAACACAGCAUUCUGUGUUUUAAAUUUCACUCCUAUUUCCAGUGUCUUGGUGGCUAACAGUGAAAGCUAAAAUUUCCUUUCUCCUGUGACUCACAGUUUUCUGUUUCAUGAUAUAUCACAGGCAUGUUAUGCUUUUCAUUUUAAUUUCAGUGAUUUGGACUAUGUAAGACACUGUGUUUAUGGCAAUGCAAGUUGACGUUUUUGAUUUUCAAACUGCCAUUCUUCAUGACUCUUGUGUUCAAUUUGUCAGAUGAAGUCUUUUAGUCAGAUGUAUAAUGGCCUGGAAUUUCUUUUGUGUUGAAUGCUGCAGCUCACUGGGAAAGAUUUGUAUGUAAAUAAGUGAGAGAGGACUUUAGAUCAAAGACUUGCAGAAACAAUGUUAAAAUAGAAGAAGGACUUGGAGACAGUUGAUUUUGUGGUUGUCUUUAAUUUUUUUCAUAUUUAUGAAGAGUUCUGUGUCUUACUUCAUACACAAUAAAACAACAAUUUAAUAUUUC